AUGGCAAUUAUCAUUGCCACAUGCACCCUCAUCAUCAUCUUAGCCAGCAUCUGGAUCGUGAAACAACGAUACCAGGCCGCAAGAUGGUUGCUGUUACCCCCUGGACCACCUGGACGUUGGCUAUUAGGAAAUGCGAUGCCAAAGUCAUAUGCGCCGUUUCAAUUCGCGAAAUGGACAGAACAAUACGGACCUGUGUUCUCGCUCAAACAAGGCCAUAGGAUUUUCGUAGUUAUAGGACGCCAUCAGGCUGCGGUGGAUAUCAUGGAAAAACAGGGAGCAAAUGUUGCCGACCACCCACGUUCUAUUUCAGUGCAAGAGACGUUGUCUGGCGGGUUGAGAAUGCACCUUGAGGACAGUAAUGAGAGAUGGCGCCGGAUGCGCAGGGUCUUGCAUGCAAACUUGCAACCUAAGGUUGCGGAGACCUAUGAGCCCAUGCAGACCAGGCAUGUGAAGAAUCUGGUUCUAGAUAUCUUAAAUGAUCCAAAGAACCACCAGAGACAUGCCAUGCGUUAUUCAGCUUCCGUGAUCAUGUCCUUCGCCUAUGGAAAAAUCACUCCGGCUUCAUAUACAGAUCCUGAAGUCGUUUCCAUCAACAUGUUUUCUGCGCGUUUUGGUCAAGCUAUGAAGCUGGGAGCAUAUCUUGUGGAUGCGUAUCCCAUCUUGCGUUUCGUCCCAGGCUACCGGAGUCAGCUGAAUGCAUGGCACAAAGAAGAACUUACUUUCUAUGACGGGCAGUUAGACGCAGUGCAAAGACAGAUGCGUGAGGGGACUGCAAGGCCAUCCUUUGCGAGGUUCAUAUUAGAGCACCAGAAACAGUACCAGCUCGAAGAUAAGGGACUGGGAUACCUUGCAGGUGUGAUAUUUGGGGCCGGUUCUGAUACGACUGCGUCUGCAAUCACAAUUAUGAUGAUGGCUGCUGCCACUCAUACAGAUGUGCAGGCUCGCGUACAAGAGGAACUCGAUAAUGUUGUUACCGUGUUUAUGCUCGAGAGUCUCAGGUGGAGACCUGACAUCAUUUGGAACAACUACCUCAUUCCGGCAGGUGCGACUGUUAUUGGGAACCAUUGGGCCAUCGCAAACCACCCUGAAGUCUUUCCAGAACCACAGACAUUUAAUCCUCAGCGUUGGAUUGACGAUGCAGGUUGCGUGCGUGAUGAUCUCCGGUUUUUUACUUAUGGCUUUGGCCGUUGUCAACAUCUCGCGAAUUGGUCGGUCUUCAUCAACAUGGCUCUUAUUCUGUGGGCUUUCCGCCUUUCGGAGAAUCCUGCAUCAAAGAUUGACACGCUUGCAUUCUUGGACACUGCAAACAAGACUCCGACAUGGUAG